AGACCUUUGAGUCUUUGCUUCGCUUUGCUGAGAACCGCACAAGUUCCCUGUUUGAGACAGCUUACAGACCUAUGGCAAAAGAAGCAGCAGAGCCUGUUAAAGAACUGUUUACAGACCUCUCUCUCUACAUUCUGGGCGCAGAGACUACGGUGGAAAGUGCAGUAUUACGGUUCUUUGACAGUCUCUUCCCUCUGGUGUAUAGUCGGCUAAUAAACCCAGGAAUUACAGAUUUAUCAGAGGACUAUACAGAGUGUCUGCGGCUUACAAGGCAAGACAUAAAUCCUUUUGGACGCUAUUCUAAAACCCUGGUUACAGAGCUGUCAAAAUCUCUUUGGGCAAGUCGGAUGCUCAGCCAGGCCCUCAGUCUGGGCGUCGAAGUGAUAAAUACUACUGAACAUGCAGCUCUCACCAAGGAGUGUAGCAAAGCUCUGGUGAAGAUGCAGUACUGCCCACAUUGCCAGGGCCUGACGCUCAUCAGACCCUGUGUCGGGUACUGUCUGAACGUCAUGAGGGGCUGUUUGGCCAGUGUGUCAGAACUGGACAUGCAGUGGAGGGGGUACAUCUCCACGCUGGAGUAUCUGACUAACGAAGUGGCUGCCUCACACGACCUGGAGACUGCGCUGACGGGAAUCCGCAACGCCGUCAACGAAGCCGUCCUGCACGCGCAGCUCAACGGCCCACAGCUCUCUGCCACAGUUGAUAAAGUGUGUGGACAGCCCAAAAAACAAGAAGGGAACCUGUCGUCAGACAACAUCGUGGCAGUGAAGGAAGUGACUGAAACCCAGACGUUCGCCCUGGCUCAUGCUAGCCUGAACAAUAAAAGGAGAGAGUUCAUCAAUUACAUGAAGCGAUCCCGAACCUUUUAUGCCUCUAUAGCAGAAAGGCUUUGUGAUGGAGACCUGGUGAUGAGAGACAGCUCAACCUGCUGGAACGGAGAGGAUGUUGUAGAAAG